AUGAAUAUUAAUGCUGACUUGGAAAUAGAUCCCAACAACAUGUGCGACACACAAAACGAAAAACAGCAAAAUCAAUUAUUUUCUACGACCUUAUUAUGUUCGAGAUCAGUUGGAACGGCGUCGCAGUUCUUAGGUGCCUUUUCAUUCUUCUGCCAUUUUAAUAACGAGAUCUUAAAUUCAUAUUAUUUCAUAAAUCAACAUAAUGUCGAAGUCUUCGCUUAUGAACUAACAACAAUAAAGCCUUGA